AUGUUGGCUGACAAUAACAAAUUAAAGGCGAUCGUGGAGGCUGAUGAUUCUCAAACUACAGUUGCAUUAGCAGCAGCUUUCGAAGUUAGCACUAAAACAAUAUUGGUUCAUUUGCGUCAAAUUAGUAAGGUAAAGAAGCUCGAAAAAUGGGUGCCUCACGAAUUGAAUGAACGCCAGCGCGAAAUACGCGUCGAGACGUGCUUUGCACUGCUCAACAGACACACAAACGAAGGUACAUUCAAUCGCAUUGUUACUUGUGACGAAAAAUGCAUUCUAUUCGACAAUCGCAAGCGCUCAGCUAGUUGGUUAGAUCCUGGUUCAGUACCUAAACAAUGUCCUAAACGAAAAAUGACCCUAAGAAAGUGA